AAAACCGAACACGCCGUAAAUUCAAUCUGUGAGUAAAUAUUAUUUUUAAAAAAAUAAGUUCAAACCUAUUUUUAGUUUUUUUUUUAUACGAAAUCGAAGUAGUUUAGUACAUCACUACAUCAGUGUUAUUAGUAAAUAAUACAUCUACAUAUAUAGUUAUAAUAUAAUUAAAUUAAAUCUACAUAUAUAGUUUUAAUUAAAUUAUAUUAUAACUCAUGGAAUUUUUGUUAAAAUUAUGGUUGAAUAUACAAGGUUAUUGCAUAUCUAAAGACUGAUUGUUAUCAUCAGAUGCAAAAUGGCUUUGUAAAGGAAAAUCACAAAUAUUCAGUCUCACUCAAUGCAAAUAUCAAUUUUCUUAUCAUGAAAAAUACGCUAUAGCUCCCUUUACGCUCCCAUUUUGGUUUUUAUCAUCAAAUAUUUGAUUGUGAAGGGCUAUAUAUGCAAUAACCUUGAAUAAUUCAACCAUGGUUAAAAUUAAGAAUCAUGAUUCAUCACAGAUUGUAUUUCAUUUAAUUUGUGAUUUCAUAGAAAAAUCAUUGAAAAAAUGAUAAGAAUUAACAGGGCGAAAAAGCAAAAUCCUGUAUGACAGUAUCCCAAUAGUCUAAAUACCUACCAUAGACAUAUUAAGAUAUCUUAAUAUGUACCUACCUAUGGUACCUACCCUUUUAGGUUUAUAUCAUAGAUGAAAAUAUUAGAUAUUCAAGUCCAUGAUUGUAUAUACUUACCUUUAAAUUAUAUCAUAAUUCAAAUCAUAUUAAUGAAGUACAUGAUCGAAUGUUUAUACUAGGUCAGUGGUGGAUUUUCAACAUUUUUCUUUGAGGGGUUCUGAAAAAUACUAAAUACGUAUUCUAAAAGUGUUAUUAGAUUCCUACCUCUUUUUAAGAUGACAUUUUAUUGAAGUUCUGUCGGGGGGUGGUGGGUCUAGACUCCCUGAAUCUUCCCUUGUAAAUACGUUACUGUACUAGGUUAUGAAGGGGUUUAAUGAGACGUUCAUUGGAGGAACAUAUUUUUCGUUUUAUAUAGGUUUGGAGAUGAUAGAUAAUAAAGAAAGUGCUCAACUCGCUGUACCAUAAAAUAUGAUAUUAUAAUAUACAUAUUUGAUAUUUUGAUAGGAACUAUAUAUAUAUUUAAAAAAAAAAAAUAGUGGUAAAAGCAGCAAGCACAGAAAUCUAUUCUGUAUAUAGAUAAUGGAUAAAAUCAUGUAUCAUCUAUGGAUAUCAUGCAUAGAAAAUAGAUAAUACCAUGACCAAAUGAUGGAUGAAUUGUCAUAGGUAAUACUUUCAACCAAACAGUAGUCAGUACGUACAAUAAAUAUAAUAUUAUUAUACAUAUCUGUGAUCCAUAUAAUUAUCAAAAAUAUUCUCUCAGAAAACGUAGGAUUAGAAAAAUGUAUUCCUGCGAAGAACAAUUCAUAGGGCUUAUGCCUGUAUCACAAAAUUUGGCAUCUCUCGUUAUCACCAGUGGUGCCAAUGGUGAUAAUUGUCUUAUCUGUGUCUAGCGCCUAACACCGACACCGAUUUGUUCUCUUUCUUUGCUAAGGAUCCACGGUGGCGUAACGUGUUAUUUCUCUGUUUUCAAAUAUUCCCAUCUUUUAAAUUACAUAAAACUUUUUUUUGCUGUUCAGAGAAAAAUUGUAUAAUACACAAUGACAGUUGUGGAUUUAAAAACUGCAGAAGGCGUACAGUUUCUGGAAAACUACCUAAGCCAAAAAAGUUACAUAGUUGGGUAAGCGCUUAACCUUAAAAAUUGGCAUUGGAAUACAAUUUUUAAUAAAUUGUUCUCUUAUAUUCUUCAGGUAUGAACCAUCCAAAGCUGAUGUUGAAACUUUUUCGGCUAUUCAAGCACCCCAGACCAAGACGCCUAAUGUACUCCGAUGGUAUAACCACAUUAAGUCGUUCUCCGACAAAGAGCGAUCUCAAUUCCCCAACAAGAAAGCUGAAUUUUCUACAGGUGCUUCAAAGCCAGCUGAUGACGAUGACGACGUAGAUUUAUUUGGUUCUGACGAUGAAGAAGUAAUUAAUUUUAUAUACUUUAUUACUUAAAAUUUAUUAUUAUGACCUUAAGAAUGUUCAACUUGAAUAUUACUCAAAACCUGUUAUAUUUUGUAGACUGUGGUCUAACAAUUGAUAUAUUUAGGUUAAAUAAUAAUUUCCCAAAACACAACUACCUGUAUACAAUUGAUCCUCAUUUAUACGGGGAAAUUCUUUCAUCAUGAACCACCUAUUUUUUCUGAGGAUUUUAAGUGAAAUUUAUUUCUUUUUUUUAAUUAGUGGAAUUGGAACAAGUCUACUUUAACGGACAGUCUUUGUUUUCCAAUUUUUUUAUUUUAUUCAAUACUUGUUUUUCGAUGCUGAUUUCUGAUCUGUUUAAAUUUUUUUGCGGAAAUCGUUAAAGAAGUUAUGGAAAUUUGAAGUUCAUUGUAUUAGCAUUAUAGGUGCACCUAGAGACCUAUUGUGGUCAUUCGCUCGAACUGUUUGUAGUAAUACAGAAAAUAGGAAAAAUAAAAAAGAGGGGAGGAAAAAUAUGAAGUUGUGGUAGGGUGAGAUAGUAAUAGACUAAGGACACUAAGUAUUGUAAUAGAAGACAAAAAUAUUUAAAAUUAUAGGAUAUUAUGUAGAAGUACCUACAAAGAAUAAAGUAUAGAGGAGUAGAUAUAAAAAUGUACCUAUAUAAUAUAAAAUAAUUGAUCUACUUUUUGGUAUUACAAAUAAUGAUUUAUCUUUAAUCAUAAUAAAAGUUCAGACUACUAAUUAUAUUACUAACUUCCUGUCCAAUGUUAGAAAGGGAUUCGGAGUCGUGAAUCUGAGAAUGGUGACGAAAUCAAUAAAUAAAGAAAGAUAUAAUUAUUUUACCUGCCCACAGUGUUGAAACGCUAGGGCGUAUACGUAUGGAUAACCUCACGUGAUCUGGAGUUGUUGGACGGCAAUCACAAUUUAAUUAAGAUAGGCUAAUUUAAUUAAUUAACAUUUAGCACCUGUGUGCACUCAGAUAAAAAAUGCUAAUCUUUAAAUUAGAAAAAUAAAAAGUUGAAUUACAAAGUAAAUUAAUAAAUAAAUCGAACAUGAGUGAUUAUAGCUGCUAAAAGUUGGAGCUAGCUAUUCGAAAGAGGUUGGUGGAGCGUAGGUGUUGCUAUGUGCAGGAUUCUCGACAGAGUGAUCGUCUUAGGAUUUCUUAAGGGGUCAAGACACUUUAUUUUCAGUUGAAAAAACCGUUAAAUUUUAUAUGUUUAACAAAGCCAAAAAAAAAGGUCAACUAUAAAAAAAAAUAGUGUAUUAUGUUGGUUUGAAAUUUGUAUAGAAAUAAUUAUAAUGGUAUAUUGUGCGAGAGAAUGAUGACGGCACGGCAGUAUCAUCAAAGGGCCGAUUGAUGUUGUGUACCUAUUGCUUAAUUUUAUUUGAUUUAUAUUUAAAUGUUUUUAAUGAAGGUAAUGGAUCAGUGAUGGAUUCUUCUCAAAUGAAAAAAAAAACCAUUGGACUUUGUGGGCUUACAAAGACUGAACAGAUAGCAUUCGCGUCAAUGUCGAUAUAAAAUAAUUAAUAAUCAAAUUGUGAGAUAAGAUAAUAUACAAUAGUAUGACUGAGGCGGCAGAUUCCUCAAAGGGCCGCAGCAGAUGGCAUGGAAUUUUAUUAUAUUUGACAUAUUUGAAAUUAUUUUGCUUGUAGAUAAGCUUGUAUCCCUCUUGAAUGACGAACGAUCCAUUAUAUUUAUUAAAUUAUUUACCUUUUGUAAAAUACCAAGUACUCGGCCAUAUUUGAAUCUUUUAGUUACAUUUUUGUAAUGGUAUAAAUUAUAAAUAAUUAUACAGUUAUAAUAUUAUGUUGUGUGAGCAUAAUAUUACAUGUUAUAAUUGAUAAUAACCCUCGAUUUGUUGUGCAAUAUCGACAUCGGGUAAGUAAUGGGCAAAAAUCGAUUGGGGUGAGCUUCUGGGCAAAAUAAAAAUGUUUAAAUCACAAACAGAGAUUAGAAGCUUGCGUUUCUACAAAUAAAGUACCACACCGGUCAAAUGUAAAUAAAUAAAUAUAAAAUAACUAGGUAUUUAAGUGAACAUUACACUCGCAUUUACAGUCUUAGUCCAACUAUCGGGUAACAUGCAAAAACAAUGCUUACACAGAAUAAGUAAAACUAGCUGAGUUUUAAUUUCAGAGUAAAAGUACCUAUUAUGAAAUUUAUGGAGAACAAUAUUUUGGAGGGAAUGUUUUAGGGUUUUUAUAUUAUUCAAAAUAUACAGCUCAAUAUAAAAGAUAAAAACCCAUUUUUAAUUUUAAUUGUUAAUAAUUCAAAAAACAGUUUUGUAGUCUGUCUUUAAAUUAGUGUUGUCAAAAUAAUAUUAAUGUAUAAAUAUAAUUGUAUGUUUUUAAGGACGACGAAGAGAAAGAAAGAAUCAAACAAGAAAGACUUAAGGCAUACAGUGAAAAGAAAGCCACCAAAAAAGUUAUUAUCGCCAAGAGUAGUAUUGUGUUAGAUGUGAAACCCUGGGAUGAUGAAACCGAUAUGAAACAACUAGAACAACAAGUUCGAACUAUAACCAUGGACGGUCUUGUAUGGGGAGCUUGUAAGUACUGCUCUUAAUUUCAAGGGAUUAACCUUAAAUGUUUUCGACUCGUAAUAAUUUUAAUUAUUUAAUUUUAGCCAAAUUAGUAGAGAUUGCUUUCGGUAUCAAGAAACUCCAAAUUAUGUGCAUUGUUGAAGAUGAUAAAGUAUCUGUCGACGCACUUGUAGAAACAAUUCAAGAGUUUGAAGAUUUUGUCCAAUCUGUGGAUAUUGCUGCGUUCAACAAAAUUUAAACUUGUAUUGUUGUUAAAUUUU